UCGAUUAGGUUAAGAGCAAAGCAAGUAGGCCUAUCUCAUAUGCGAACGGCUGAACGUGUUGCGAUCAUCGUGCAGCUACUAGAUAGCCUGCAGGUGCUCUUGUACGCGAGGGCCAAGAACUUUACAUCUGAUGUUAUCGUUAUUGUUGGCUUUGAUGUCGCAGAAAUAGUAUUAUUCGUUUCACAUUGAUUGAUUUAUAUUGUCGCGGUUGGCCUGUCACUGUUGUCGUUAAGGCUAGUGCUGGUGGUCGUGCUCCUGCGCGUGAACUUACGUUACCCGGAUCUUUUGUACAUCGGUUGGCAGUUGUGACGCAUACGCCAGACGUCGGUUUUAGGGCGAUGUCGUUCAUUCUGUGUGCCCACUGUCACUUCAUGACACUCACCUCAAAGGGGCUAACUAUUCAUCUGCGAAGAAGACACGGAAUUAUCGCUCACAAUCGACCACCAAGAAGGAAGACUAUGCGCGCUCCACCGAUCCGUCUAGCUAACUGUAGCAUGCGUCGUGAAGCUUGGAUGGAGCCUUUCGGCUGCGCAAUCUGCAGAUAUCGAUCGGCAUCAAGUUCCGACCUGCGACAGCAUUUUGACACUACGCAUAAACAGUGUGCUAAUCAUUGGGUGGCAAUACCUCGAACCUCGAUAUCUGCAAUGGAACACAGCUUACCACGAGGUCGAGGGGCUUACACAUCUCCUCCGGCGGUGGCCAGUAACGGAGGUCAGCAUAUUGCUAUGGCACUCGAUGUAGGUCCACCCGUUUCGGGCACUUCGAAGAUGCACUUCCCCGCCGAACCGCUGUACGGCCAUACAGGACAGAUCCUCGGGUGGAAGAGGCCAACAAAGCCACAGCUGCCAUCACAGUCAGAGGGUCCUCUGGUAUACAGCCAGCAGAAGGCCAUGCUUUCACCUAAGCAAAGUCACUCUUCUCGAUCGCAGCAGCAGCAGCAGCAGCAUCAGGUCUGCGAGGGGCAACACUUAGAGGAAGACUAACGCUU